AUGAAAUGGCAUUGCCCCGUCAUUGGAUGCAAUCGAGCCUUCAGGCUGCUCAGAGACUUGGGUGAGCAUUUUACUACCGACCACAACGGCGACAUUCUUCACGACUUGCGAGAUGGCAACUUUCGCAAGAUUGGCAAUGCCGGAAACCGCCCACCCUACGUCGGCUACCGAAGUGACAAUCCACCGUCGCCCGUUCCUCUCCCCUCUCCGUCGCCGCCUAAGCGUCCGGCCACUGACAAUUCCUCUGCCGCCACCGUUGCCGUCCGCACUGCCACUCCUGGAUUGUUUUUCAAGCAGGAGUAUUCUGACGACGAGGAUGCCCGCCCAAAGGAGACAUCGUACAUUAUUCUCGACCAUGAGAGCGAUGAGUCACAGCAAGAAAGCAACUCGGAUAACGAUGACCCGGACAGUGCCGGUGGCACACGGGACACCGACAGUGACUCUGAAGAAAGCGAGCACACCGACAACGAAAACAAUGCUCAGCAGAGAGAGCAACAACGUUCGGACAGUCAUAUUGACGGUGAUGACGACGACAGCGUCCAAGAUCGUGGCUCCGACACAUGGACUUACCUCAACAGUUUGACGCCAGAACCUAUCGCCAUACCCGACGACGCAUGUGUCAAGGAGCUGAUGAAGCUGCCUCUCCUUCGUGAGCUCCCCUUUUCUUGGAAAGCGCGUCUUUCCAAAAAGAGCUGGGUGAAAAACUACUGCAGCCUCAAGACUAUCACUGCAAUCAUGCACUUCCUCGUUGGCGAAGACCGAGACCGCAAAGUCUGCAACGGCCUAGGUUGCGACACUUUAGGGAACGACGGUCUUAUAUCCGCGCUAUCUGAUUUUGCCAUAGGCAGCGACGCAUUCCAUGGAGAGUACGCCUUUCCUCGCUGCAUCAUGCUCCCAGACAACAUCAUGAUGUCGGAGGCCGUCGUGGAGCGGAUUGGCAUCAACCAAUGCGUCAAUGCAUACUACAGACGCGGCAAAAAGGUUCCAUUUCCGGGUCGAAUCUUCCCCCGUCGCCUGGAGGUGCCUCAGACACCCAAAGGCCGUGGCAACAACCGCCCCUACAGCGAAUCUUCCGUCCUCCGUCGCCAGGCCCGACUCCCGUCGCUUUCUGUCACGCCAUCUAGAUCUCCCAAGCGCAAGGCAUCCUCACCCGAGUACGAGGACGAACUCCCCUCGUACCGCCUCGCCAACCCUUCCUCUCCUAAUAAACCCGCUCCUUGGGAGCAGUUUACCGGCUUUUUGCCACUUCGCUCUUCCCCGCCUCGCGGCCACCGCUCCUCCCAAGCCGCUUCUGAUGUCAUGGUUGCUCACUCGAGCAUGUACCUCGCAUCUCAACCGCAGAAGCGUAUCAAGCUUGUUGACCAUUCCGGUCUCGGCCGCGGCGACUUCGCUGUUCUGAAACUGGAUGGCAAUGAUGCUGGCCAUGUCUUGAGAGUUGACCAGGGAAGUGGAAGGAUGCUUAAUUGUUCCGUGGCCAAGGGCAAGGUAGAUGUCUUCCUGGUUGUCAGGGGUAGAGGCCAGGCGCGGGAGGAAAUGACGUUUACUGCUGGCGAAGACACGCACUGGGUGGUCAAGGAGGGAUGGGCAUGUGAAGUGACCAAGUUUGGGGGAGAGGCGGGAGAGGCGAAGGUUCAUGUUACUGGCUUGGGUGUGGAUGAGCAAUGGCAGGAGUGA